AUGGAGAUCCGACACCACGUGGUCAUAUGGUGUGCCAUCGGCGUCACCUUUGUCUGGGUCAUGUUCCGCACGGCGCAACACGCCUGGAUUCUCCAGAACUUCUUGGGGUCCAGCUUCGCGCUCAACAUCCUGAGAAGCGUGAAUCUGCCAAACUUUAGGGUUAUUACGUUUAUAUCUAUCCUGAUGUUCUUCGACGACAUAUUUAUGGUGUUCAUCACAUCCUUGAUAAUGAAAGACGUGAGCGUGAUGGAGAGCGUCUCGAGAGGCGUUCAAGACCUACCAGUGCUCAUGCGUGUGCCGCUAUUCCUCACUGGUGACGCGACCGCCUGUAGAGACCAAUCAACUGUGCUGGGAUACGGAGACAUCGUUAUUCCAGGUUUUACAAUCGCCUACUGCCGCUCGUACGACGACAUAGUGAAGCAAAGGCCCUGGUACUUCCUCCUAGCCAUAAUCUCUUACAGCGCAUGCUUGGUGUUCACAUUCUACAUGGGACAGAUCAUGGACAGUGGUCAGCCAGCGCUUCUGUAUCUGGUUCCGGGCGUCCUUUUGCCGGUCACUCUCUUCGCUUGGUGCCGCGGUGAGCUGAAGCAGUUCUGGAACGGAUAUUUUGUUCCCAAGGAGGACCUGAUGAGUCCUCGGAUAGACGUGUGCGUUUCAUCGAGCGAGAAGUUCCAGACUCUUCAGGGUCGGCGCUUGCUCUACGUCAGUACUCCUGUGUUUCCUUGGCUUGCGAUGCCCAUGCCGGUCUCGCAAAAAGCCUACGACACCGAAUCGAACUGA